AUGAAGUCUCUCACCGCUGUGGUGGCUUUCCUGGGCGCCGUGACAGCCUCGCCAGCACUUGUCCGCCAUCAUGGCCGCUCUGCUCUCCAGCCUCGAGCAAACAGCUCCUUCUGGUAUGCUGCCAUGGACCACACCGGCCAAUUCAAGGGCUCCGCUCCCUAUGUAGAUGCUUCCUACAACGUGUUUGUUGCCGUCAGCCCUGGUGACGCCGGCUCUCUUCAGAAUGCCAUCGACUCAGCUGGUAGCGGCAACCGACAGAAUGAGUGGCUAGCAUCGCAGCCUCGUGUUGUGUAUAUCCCAUCGGGAACAUACGAGCUCUCAAGCACCCUCAACAUGCGUACCGAUACCAUCCUGUUCGGUGACGCCACCAACCCUCCCGUUAUCAAGGCCGCGGCAGGAUUCAGCGACAAUUACCUCGUCAACGGCCAGGAUCCCUCUACGGGCGAUGCCGGCGAACUUUCCUUUGCUGUUGGACUGAAGAAUGUUGUUUUGGACACCACUGCUGUUGAUGGAAGCUCCAGCAUCUCUGCUCUCUACUGGGGUGUUGCUCAGGCUUGUCAGCUGCAAAACGUCAAGAUCACGCUUGCGCCCUCGGUCAACGGCAAGGGCCACACUGGAGUCCAGCUGGGCCGUGGAUCUACUCUUGCACUGGCCGAUAUCCGCAUUGAGAAUGGCCAGACGGGUAUCUGGCACAACGGCCACCAACAGGCCCUCUACAAGAGCAUCUACUUUUACAAGAACACCGUCGGCAUGCUCAUCAGCGGCGGCAACACCAUUAGUCUGUUGAACCCUACCUUUGACAGCGUUGGCACUGGCGUUUCCAACACCGGCGGCAGCCCCUUUAUCGGAAUCGUCGAUGCCACGUCCAUCAACUCGGGCGUCACUUUCACAACCAGCGUCUAUCCUUCCAUUGUCAUUGACAACUUGACCAAGGACACCGACUCUGACGUUGCCGUGAUCCGCGGCACAACAACUGUCGGCGCCUCGAAGAACGUCGUCAACUACAGCUACGGAAACACUGUUGGGGCGAACCCCGUCUACGGCGGUGUCAACGGCAACACGACUCGCCCCAGCGGCGUUGCCCCUGGUGGCCGUAUCCCAGCCGUCGCCGUGCCCAACUACGCAAACAACCAUGUUACUGACUUUGUCAACGUCAAGGACCCCAGCCAGAAUGGCGGCCAGACCGUCAAGGGCGAUGGCAGCACCGACGACUCUGCUGCCCUCAACAAAGUCCUCCAGUUCGCCGCCACCAACAACAAGAUUGCCUACUUCCCCUUUGGCGACUACCGUGUUGAGUCUACGCUCCUGGUCCCCGUCGGCUCCCAGCUGGUCGGAGAGGCCUGGGCAACGAUUUCCGGCGGCGGUGACUUCUUCAAGGACGCAUCCAGCCCCAAGCCCGUUGUCCAAGUCGGCAACGAAGGCGACGUCGGCGUGGCCCAGAUCCAGGACUUCCGCUUCACCGUCUCCGACGUGCUGCCCGGCGCCAUCAUUGUGCAGUUCAACGCCGCCGGCUCCAAGCCCGGCGACGUGGCGCUCUUCAACUCCCUCGUCACCGUCGGCGGAACCCACGGCGCCGAUGCGCUGACCAACGCCUGCACCGACGCCAGCAACGAGUGCCAGGCCGCCUUUAUCGGCCUGCACUUCACCGAGAGCUCGUCCGCCUACGUGGAGAACACCUGGAACUGGGUUGCCGACCACAUCACCGAGGGCUUCAGCGGCGGAUCCAACAUUGCCGCAAAGGGCGGCGCCCUGGUCGAGUCCACCAAGGGCACCUGGCUCAACGGCCUGGGCAGCGAGCACUGGUGGCUGUACCAGCUCAACCUCAAGUCUGCCAGCAACGUCGCCGUGACUCUGCUGCAGAGCGAGACCAACUACGACCAGGGCGACAACACCAAGCAGGUCCCUCCUGCGCCCUGGACCGCCGAUGUCCAGGGCUGGGGCGACCCGGACUUCUCCUGGUGCGACAGCACUGCCCGCUGCCACAUGGGCCUCGCCAACUAUGUCAACGGCGGCUCUGACAUUUACUACUACGGCUCUGCCUCGUGGGCCUUUUUCAGUGGUCCCGGAUACCAGGGCUGCGCUGGUUCCUAUCAGUGCCAAGACUACAUGCACUUCAUCUCGGCGACGCCUACGAACCUCCAGAUGUACGGCAUGUGCUCCAAGGACACCUCCGUUGCUCUCCGCCUGGGUGACGGCACCAAGAUCAAUGCCCAGCCUGACUUUACCGGAGGCUGGAGCCCUGGUGCAGACAUUGGUCGCUACACCUCUUAG